AUGUCAUUCACAACUGAACGCUUACGUCAGUCCGUUCUCAGAGAGUUUGGAAGGGUCUUCUCUCUGUUGCCAGGGCAGAAGAUUCUUCUUGUGGAUGCGCAGCUGUUGAAAGCAAUCGACCGUGUGGCCAGCAUGUCCAUUUUAAGACAGUUGUCGGUCACGAAGGUGUUCAAAAUUGCUGAAAGUCCUCCGAAGGCGGACUAUGAGAGGAUUGCUUAUAUGGUCCCACCAGAGUUUAGCUCAUGCUUAUCGGUAAUUAAACAUUGUGAAGUGGAUCAAUCGAAUAAUAUCAAACGAACGAGAUUGAUAAUAUUUGUCCCCAAAGAGACUGUAGCAGUGACCUAUCUUUUGGAAUCUCGAGGUUUUCUUGGUCGACAUUUAUGUACCACAAGUUUAUCACUCAGUUGGAUUCAAUUAGAUACAGAUUUGUUAACAUUGAAUUUGCCGACGCUAUUUUCAGACUACUAUUUAUACAAAGAUUAUUGUUGGCCUCAUUAUAUGGGCAUGGAGUUGGGACGUUUGCUUAAAUUAACGAGUGAAAGUGAUUUAGCUCCCAUGGGUUGUCGAAUUCAUGCUUUCGGAGAGGCAUCUCAUGUGGUUGCUGCUGGUAUUCGUUUAUACUGUAUUCAGUCAGGCCUGGUCAGUUUGGAUAGGAAGGUUUCAACUGUUAAUGGUACCCAGUCAAAUUAUCGAAGUAAUGUAUCUGUUUCUGAUGAAAGUGUCUUAACUCCUACCAGCUCAUUAAAAAUUCUGGGCUCACAAUCAUCAUCUACGUCAUUGUCAACUACUUCUGCACGUCCACCACCUUUGGUUCUUGUAUUCAGUCGUGAUCUGGAUUACGUAACUCCCCUUUUGGUUCCAAUGACAUUUGAAGCGCUGAUUCACGAAGUUGUUGGGAUAGAAUUAGGUCAAGUUGAAUUACCUCCAGAAUGUGCUGAUGAAUCGACCCCACAGAAACAAAUUCUUGAUAGCACAAAACUACACUACUACAAAGAUAUUAGAGAUGUCCAUAUAUCUCGUGUUCAUUCAUUACUUCUGGAUUGGCGUGGUAAACUUCAAGAUUCACGUGGUGAUUUAGAAAUGCAAUUGGUUAGUCAAAAAUCUGUUGUUCAGCAUAAACAGCAUUCUAGUUCAAACUCAAUUCAGACUACUAGUACUAUUAAUAACACCUGUAAUUUGCGGAAUAUUAGUACACGUCUAGGUUCAUUUUUAGCUAAAAGACGUGAAUUGUCAUUUCUGUUAGCAUGUUUAGAACAAGUAUUAUGUGCAAUGACAAUUAAAGAACGUGUGGAAGAUCUACGUACAGCACAAAGUUUAUUAUUACAAUCCGGUAGCGGGGGAUCUCUUGCAAUUGGUCAAGUUGGAAUUCCCUCUAUUGAUGAUGAAAAUGAUGAUGGUGACUCUAAUGCUCCUGAUCGUAACCGAAAAUUUACUCCAGUUUCAAUUGGUGGUUCAUGUGGUAAUUUAGCAGAUGUUUUAAAUUCCUUCCCUAUGCGUUUAGCUAUCGAAUGGUUGACUACACACCAUGGUGAUCAUCUAAUUGAUGGGCUCCGUCUGGUUGCAUUGAAUUGUGUUUUGCAUGAUGGCUUAGGUGAUGAAUUAUACGAGGUAAUGAGUCGCGCCAUAAUACAUGCUGCUGGUCAAAUCACCUUCCCUAUGCUUGAAGCGUUAUCCUCACUUGGGUUAUUAUAUCCCCGUUCUAAACUCCCGGAAAUAUCAUCUGCAAAAAAAUCUGUUACAAACAAUCAUCCAACUGACCCACAAUCAAGCAUGUUUGUGGCGCAAACAAAUAACUUAACAAAAAAGUCCAGUCAUACACUAACUCAUACUGUUGCCAAGCUAAAAUUAACACAACGACAAAAAUCUCGUUACAAUUAUCUACAUCAUUUGUUACAGUUGAGCAAUUGGAAUCAGGCCAAUCGACAUGUUGAUCGUACGGUUAUUUCACCUACAUAUGUUUAUUCUGGUCAGCAUUGUCCCUUAGUUGUUCGGCUUUUAGAGUCUGUUUGGUCAGCUGGUCUUCUAGAUUCCAAAUUUCAAUCUGUUAAAUCAAACUCUUCUUCUGCUGAGCAAAAUCAUUCAGACUUUGAACUAAUUGCCCAACCACAAUUAAUCGAAGCACUUAAACGAAUGGGUCUUCCAUCUGAAGUUGCUUCAAAUCUGGGUCUCGUUAAUCUCUGUGAUCCAACAUUAACAGCUGCAGGAUAUCAGCAUGAUAUAUUUUUUAAGAAGAACCGUCCAAAUGCCCCAGCUCCACAUCCUUUACCUCUCAUAAGCACUGAUCAACCUAUUGUCGUAGCAUUUCCUGGCGGUUGUACAUAUGGUGAAGUUGCAGCUCUUAGAUUUGUUGCUAAACGGAGAAGAUGGAAUCUACUUAUUGCUACAUCGUGUAUUCUUACAUCACGAGACUUAUUACAGCAAGCUGGAAAAGCAGCAAUGAAUGUGAACUCUCUAUAGAUUUUAAAAUUUCCUGACCGACAUUCUUUCAAUUGUCUCUUCAAAUUUUUGAUGUCGGAAUCUCCACUCUCAGGUUCUUUAUGUUUACCUAAAUUUGAACGUUUUCAGUUUUAUUGUUAUUUGUUCUAAUCAAAUAAGGAAUAUAUUCUUGUAUAAAAACUAAUUUUUUUUUGUUAAAUAUGCAAUUUUGUAUAAAACUAACGUUUUUCUACAAUAAAAGCUCACUCC